AUGAGAAAAGUAUUUAUUGCUUUAGCAUUAAUCGCUUUAUGCUCUGCUUUAAAUCUUCAUGAAACCCUUUCCAAGUAGGGUUAUGAAGAAAAGCCUCACUACUUUGGUUUCAAGUAGCUCACUAAGGAAUACAGUGAUUUUGUUGAUACUGUUUUAAUUGACGGAUUCAAAACUGUCUUAGAAGAUCCCUCUCUUUACGCCACCUUCCUUAAGACUAUCACUUCUUUCACCGAAGAAGAUAAGAACUCUGCCUUCAUUAACUGCUCUAAAGGUACCAAGCCUAAUUUCUUCAAAUUUAUUGGAGACUAAGACGGUGUUGUUGGUCCUAACGGUUCUGAAACUAUCACUUUAACACCCACUGAAGGUGAUUGCUUCGAAUCAGUCACUGUCUAAUACACUAAAAUCAGCGACAAGAGUGUUGAAUUGAUCUUCACUCCUGGUAACAGAAGAAAUGGUACUGCUGAUAACUGUAAGGACUCUUACACUGUUGGUUCUACUACCAAUUAUCACGCUCUUGCUUUAGGUUAGCCCAACAAGCCUCACAAGUGGACCUUGAAGCACUUGAAGCCCCAAAAUAUGCAAGCUAUUGAAUCAUUCGGUUUAAGAAUUUUCAAGACUUGUGACAAAUUCGCUAACAUUUUACCUGAUCUCGUUAUCACAGUCGGUCUCUUCGCUGGUGGUUUUGGUCUCAAUCCUGAUGUCCCCAUUUUCGGCUCCAAGCCCACCUGGUGGAUGGAAGUCCUUAACCCCUUAUUCAUCUAAUAAGGUACUGGAUAUCUUUGGAUCAAGAGAGAAGACAAGUUUGUUGAUUUAGAUUAAACUGAAGUUCACCCUGGUGAUUUCCUCAUCAUCACUAGAAUGGAUGGUUUGGAUCAAAUUAUUCAAUGGGGUACUGGUUCAAGAAGUGGUCACUCUGUCACUCUUUUGGAUAUUGAUGGUGAAAUGUACGCUGUCGAAUCUCAAGAUGCUUGGUACUGGCCCAAGAAGAAAAUCCAAAGAAACACUUGGAAGGACUGGAAACAAUAUGCUUAAAAUGCUGGCUUCAACGUCGCUCUUUUACCUUUGAGAGAAGAAAUUAGAUAGAAGUUCAACAACACUGCCGCUUUAGAAUGGUUCGAAACCGUUGAAGGUGUCCCAUAUGGUUACCACAACUUCUUAUUCGGUUGGAUUGAUACUGAAAAUAAAAACUUACCUGCCGUUCUUGACAUCAACUUUGUUUACAGCGUUUUGACUCUUAUUGAAAAGUUCAUCCCUGCUGUUCCCAAAUCCCUCGUUGGUGAAGCCAUGAACAAGAGAUUAGGAACUGAAAAUCUUAAUUUGGUCUAAUUAUACGAAGUUAUGUUCCAAAGAAACCUCACUGUUGCUGAAGUUUUCGCUAUUCCUGAAUAAGAUUCAUGGAUUUACUCUGAUGGUCCUUCCAUGGUCUGCUCUUCCUUCGUUGCUGCCAUUUGGAAAGCUGGUGGUCUCUUCGAUGGACUUGAAAUUAACGCAACUGAAUUCACUCCUAGAGAUGUAUAUCAAACUAACUUCUUCGAUAAGAAAUACAAAAAGCCUGAAAAGUGCCUUAAGGAUGGUCUUCCUUAUUGCUAAAUCAUGGGUAAAUUCGUUAUGGAUGUUGCUACUGAUGGUUACAGCAGUAUCAACCCUUACAGCAACAUGUUCGAACACUGUCCCUCUCAACCCCCCUUGUUUUUACGUACCAAGGGUUGUUGA